AGAUGGACGCGUUCUCCUGUAAAGUCCUUCACUGAGCCUUCGCUGAGGUCAGCCGGUGAACCGGGUAAACUACGGAGCACCGCCGUGGAGGAGACUUAUAAACAUACCGCAGAACGGAGACAACAAUCAUACAGUCGCCAAGAGAUGGAUAGACUUCAACUGCUACAAUGACGCAGGAGACCCACGAGUGCACCAAGCUGUCCGUCAAGGCUGCUGUCCUGCACAUGGUUAAUCUUCCACUGUCCAUCUACAGCUCCCUGUCACAGGUGGAUGUCAGUCCAAGCACCAAGAAGCUGGUGGCUGCCACUGCGUUUAGUGCCAUCUCGCUCUUCGUCCUUGCACGCCGCUUCCAGAGGAGGAAGGGUAGAAAGAAGCCUCAGUGGAAGCAAGCUGAACCUGUAGCCUCAGCAGAAAAUGACAACACCAGUCAGAACAUCUCCAUCUCCCUCAACUCUAAGAAUGACGACACCUCUGGUCUGGUCCUCACUUCAGGAGACUACAGGAAUCUGUCUGGAUCUCUGUUGAGCAUGUCCUCGGUAAAAAGCAUGAACUCAUCAAGCAGCAGCACCUGUGCAAAUGAAUCCACAUGCUGGGACAGAGAGGAGGACGCUGACAUCUGCAGUGUGGUUGACCUGCCAGUCACUACACCUGAAAACCUCUACCUAAUGGGUAUGGAUUUAUUUGAAGAGGCUCUGCGGCGGUGGGAGGAAGCAUUGACAUUCAGGAGCAGGCAGGCUGGCGAUGACGACGACAACGCAAGCUGUGCCUCCGUUGAAACAGGAGCUGGAGACGCCGUCGCUGAGCAGAACAUGGAGGACGUGAUCAGCGCAGAGUUCCUCCACCGGCUGAAGUCUCUUGUGCAGAGAGCCUAUCACCUUCAAGUGGAGUUUGAGGGAGUGUUGGGAAUGUCAGAGCCCACAUCUCACAGCAGCAGCAGCAGCAGCAGCCAGGAUAAAAUGGCAGACAUUUUGGCCAGAGAAGAGCUGGACGACGUCUGUCUGAGAGACAGUAUCAGCAUCGCCUCCACAGACUCAUUUGUUUCUGCUGUAGAGCUGACGGAGCAUAGAGAGCUGAGGAGUGUCUCAGGCCUCGGUCACCACUUGUUCUAUGAGGAGGCUCUACAGAUGGCUCAGGACGGCAAGAUCUCCUGCAGAGUGCUGCGGACUGAGAUGCUGGAGUGUCUCGGGCACAUAGAUUUCCUGGCUAAGUUGCACUGUGUCCGACAGGCAUGUCAGCUCAUUUUGUGCGAGAGGGUGACCAGGAUGUUUCUGGCCGACACAGGAAAGAAAAUACUGUCUUCCAUCAUUGUUAAAGCACAGAAGAGCCCAAAGAGAUUUGAAGAAGUAUUUGAGGAGAUGAUUUGUUUCCUGGAGAACACAGAGCACUGGGAAAACACGGAGGUGGAGUUGGCCACAAGAGGAGUGAAGCACCUGAACUUCUACGACAUCGUGCUGGACUUCAUCCUGAUGGAUUCGUUUGAGGACCUGGAGAAUCCACCCAUCUCCAUCCAGAACGUGAUCCACAACCGCUGGCUCAACAGCUCCUUCAAGGAAACUGCAGUGGCUUCAAGCUGUUGGUCCGUGCUGAAACAGAAACGACAGCACAUGAAGGUGUCCGACGGCUUCAUCGCUCACUUUUAUACCGUGUGUGAGCAGAUCAGUCCAGUUCUGGCCUGGGGUUUGCUUGGACCCAGGAGCUCGCUUCAAGAUCUCUGCUGCUUCUUCAAGGACCAGGUGCUCAGCUUCCUGAAGGCCAUUUUUGACCUGGACAAAGUACGUUACUCCUCAGUGGAGAGUCUGGCCGAGGACAUGCUCCACCUGCUGCACCGCCGCUCUGAACUGCUGCUCGCCUACCUGGAGACGGACUCGGUGCGGCAACUCAGCGGCUGCAGCUCCCCACAGGUGCAGCUGGUGUCCAACACUCUGCUGCAGGCGGGAGUUCAGUGAGAGACGAGGGAAAGAAUCUCCAAACACUACACACAACGUCAGCAUUUUCUUCACACCAACCAUUGGACCAAAGACACUAGAAACUUUCUACCUGACCUAGAGGUUCAGAGCCAAAAGAUGUUGAUUUUUCACCAAUUUAGUCCAUAAAUCUGGUUCAACUACAAUCCUCACAGUAGAAUCUUGACUAAAUGAUACACAGUGCAGUCCUGUGCUCUCAUAGCUCAGUAUCUGAGGAUCCAGCCGUCUGCCUUCACCCAUGAACAUCAGCCUUUUCACUGCACUAUGCUAGUGAAAACAUGUCACAGCAAUAUUUAAAUAUAAGCCAGACAUUGACUCUUUUUUUGCAGAUAUAUAACAUGUACUGUAAAUUGAGGCAUUUAUUGCUAUUAAGAGGAAUUAAUGUGAAGAAAAUCAAAUAAGUAUUUUACCAUAUUUAUUUUGUCAUACACAUAGAUGCAAUGCAGGGUUUAUUUUUUUAGAUGUUCUCAAUGUAAGAGUCAAUUAUGAUCAGCUUCAAACAAUUUAGAUGUAUUUCCACAUCCGAUUAGCAAUGCAAAACUAUGAAAUGUAUGUCGUGUUUUUGUUGGAGCACGAUGCCCAGGGAAUUUACACUUAACUAAGGUACUCUGUUGUAAGAUGUGUUGGUUAAAUGGAGUUAGUUCAGAAAAGACUUUACUCUUAUCACAUGUAAGGCAUUUUCAGACGUGCACCGCCAAAUUACAUGUAUUUAGAAAUAAGAUGUGUGUGUGACUUGAUUAGCCCAGUACUGAAAAUGCACAGCGACUGAUGGACGUGUUGAUUGUUUAUGAUUUAGAUGAGAAAGGGAAACAUCAGAGAUUAGAAAACAGCUACACAAUCAUUUUUACUCAGAAGGGAAAUUUGAUCUUUGAACAGUUUGUGCAAUACUUAACUGGAUCACAGUACAAUAAUCCCAUCAGAUCCAGGAAAUAAAAGAUUAAAACUGUUCUAUAAUCCUUCAGCUGUUAAACAUCACAUGCUCUCAAUUUUUCUUUUUCAUGAACUAAGCAAAAACACAAGAAGCCUUACUGAUACUGCACGUUUUAUUUAGCCUGGUCCUGGUUUUCUUCCUGUGACGUGUAUUAUUCCGCUCUGUUGUUCAAUCACUGCCAUGUACAGAACAUGCACAACAUGAAGCUUUGAACAGUGCCGUUACUGAAUGUGAGCAUGGACAUUAAAAUAUGCUGCACAUUUGAUGGUCAGUCAUUGUAGGACUGACACAUCAGCUGUCACCAGUUCUCUCUAACGUUAGUCUUAAAACAAUACUGGCACACUUCAAUGUACAUGUGGACAUAUGGUGACUGUUUUUCUUCUGCAAAUAAAUGGAUACAAAUUGA